CGCCCCGCUCCGCCCCCCGCCCCCUCCCUGGCUGGGAAGCCGGGGCCGGGAAGCAAGUGGCAGGGGCCGCGGGGCGCUGCCGCCCACUCACCCGCCAUGUGACGCCGCCUCCGGCCAGCAGCCCCCCGCGCCCCGCGCACCAUGCUCCCGCCGGGCCCCGCGCGCCCGCCCGCGCCCCCGCCCGCGCCGCACCCCGGCGUCCGCAGGCAGGUGGAGCCGCCGGGCCAGCUCCUGCGCCUCUUCUGCGCCGUCCUCGUCUGCUCCGGGGAGAUCGCGGCACUCGCCGACUUCUCCGUAGCCAUGUCUUCAAGAAGUGACUCCCCCAAGGAGGAGCGAAGGAGGCAGGAGAUGAUGCCAACUCCACCAUCACAAACCAGUAAGAUGUGUUUGGCGAGUCUUUGGUUCGCCUCGAAGUCCUGCCAGCCUUCCACUCACCACAGGAACCCGCUCCCUGGCUACCUGACCAAACUCCUGCAGAACCACACGGCCUACGCCUGCGACGGGGACCACCUGAGCCUGCAGUGCCCGCGCCACUCCUCCAUCAGCGUCCAGUCGGCCUUCUACGGGCAAGACCACCGGGCGUGCAGUGGCCAGGGCCCGGCCGCCCAGGGGGACGGCCUGACCUGCGUGGCGCCCACCACCUUCCAGAAGGUGUUGGACGAGUGCCAGGACCAGCGCGCCUGCCGCCUCCUGGUCAACAGCCGGGUGUUCGGGCCGGACCUCUGUCCCGGGAGCAGCAAGUACCUCCUCGUGUCCUUCAAGUGCCAGCCGAACUGCUUGUCCUACUCGGCGUCGCACGUGCUGGCCCGGAGGUGCUACGGGCGGCAGAGAUGCCGAGUCCUCGUCGACGACCACCACUUCGGGAGCCCCUGUCUGCCCGGAGCCAGGAAAUACCUCACCGUCGCCUACGCCUGCGUGCCCAGGAGCAUCCUCACAGCAGUGGACCCCGCCCUCGCUGACCAGGACCCUUCCCUGAGGCAGGAGGACGAGGACGGCGGCCACGGUGUCAAUGCCGACCCCAGCGAGUCGCGGGUCCCGAGGAAGGACGGGGUCCUCGUCAGCAGCUCCCUGGCAGCCUUCGCCUACAUCAGAGCCCACCCCGACAGGGCCGCCCUGCUGUUCGUGUCCAGCGUCUGCGUUGGCCUGGCCCUCACGCUGUGCGCCCUGGUCGCCCGAGUGUCCUGCGCCAGGGACCUGCGGGCGCUGCGGGGGGCGCGGGAGCGCCUGGUGGCCGGAAGCGACGGGGCCUCGGAGGACAGCGAGGACGCAGAGGGGAGCGAGGACUCCUCCGCCCCCAGCUUCCCCGGGGAGCUGUCGGGGUUUCGCAGGACUCCGUGCCCUGCGUACACGUCCAUCGAGGCCGCGGAGCUGGCGGAGAGGAUCGAGCGCAGGGAGCAGAUCAUCCAGGAAAUAUGGAUGAACAGCGGCCUGGACGCCUCGGUGCCGCGGAGCGCCGGCCCCUUCUACUGAGCUACUGAGCGCGGCGCCUCGCGGCCCCUCGACGCCCCUCGACGCCCGAGCUGAGCGCGGCGCCGGCCCCUGGACGCCUGACCUGAGCGCGGCGCCGGCCCGGCCUGGCUCACUCGUACCUUCUGUGAAGGAGACUGGUGCCCCCGGACCCGGAGAAGCCGACGCGACUGCAGGACCUUUCCGGUGUCCGCAGCGCGUCCCUCACAAACCGGAGGGCGGCUUCGAUCUCCGUAUUUAUUGAGGUUCCCGUCUACACGGGACACGAUUACCGUUCACACCGAUUGAGCGAUCACGCCGCCUGUCCCACGCUUUCCUGGUGCCGUCACCAGCCCACGGCGACCGCAGGCCCCUCUUCCUGGUGGGCAGGCGGCCACCGUCCAGCCAGCAGCUGCACUGUCGCCAGGACGCACGCAGUCACCGCUGGCGGGUUUUAAACAAAUAUUUUUAUUGAUUUCAGAGAGGAAGGGAGAGGGAGAGAGAGAGAAACAUCGAUGAUGAGAGAGAACCAUGGAUCGGCUGCCUCCUGCGCGCCCCACACUGGGGAUCGAGCUGCAACCCGGGCCUGUGCCCUGACCGGGGAUCGAACCCUGACGGGGAGUCGAACCCUGACCUGGUUCGUAGGCCGAUGCUCACCCCUGAGCCGCGGCCGGGCUUGCCGGCGGAUUGAAGCACUAACAUUACCUGACAGAGCAGGGGAGGCGGCGACAUCUUUCUCCAACGGCAGAUGCUAGAAGGCUGGGCGUCUGCGUCCCGGCCGGUGUCUGCCGACCCUGCUCCGGGGCUCAGGGGCAGCCGUAGCCGAUCCAUGAUGAAAGCCACCGUGUUCCAAUAAAACUUUAUUUAUACACAGUGAUGUUCGAAUUCAUUGUCACA